UUGGAGGCUCGUUUUGCAGUGGCUGCACGCUGCCACCAUGGCACCGAGGCUCCUGGGAAUGGGGCCCUUCUCCCUCCUCAGCCUUGGAGUCCUGGUCCUGCUCCUGGCUCUCCCUGCUGAUGCUGGGCUCUCUCAGAAGCACGUCUCAGACGUCGUGGAUGACAGCAAGGACAACAUCACCAUUUUCACACGCAUCCUGGACAGGCUCCUGGACGGCUACGACAACCGCCUGCGGCCUGGCCUCGGAGACAGUGUAACUGAAGUCAAGACAGACAUCUACGUGACGAGUUUCGGCCCUGUCUCGGACACAGACAUGGAAUACACCAUUGAUGUCUUUUUCCGGCAGUCCUGGAGAGAUGAAAGGCUGAAGUUUGAUGGUCCCAUGAAAAUCCUUCCCCUGAACAACCUGCUGGCCAGUAAGAUCUGGACUCCUGACACUUUCUUCCACAACGGGAAGAAAUCUGUUGCCCACAACAUGACCACCCCCAACAAGCUGCUGCGCCUGGUGGACAACGGCACCCUCCUGUACACCAUGAGGCUGACCAUCCACGCCGAGUGCCCCAUGCACCUGGAGGACUUCCCCAUGGACGUGCACGCCUGCCCCCUGAAAUUUGGGAGCUAUGCCUACACAAAGACAGAGGUGAUCUACACCUGGACCCUGGGGAAGGAUAAAUCUGUGGAAGUAGCCAAGGGUGGAUCUCGCCUGAACCAGUAUGACCUGCUGGGCCAUGUGGUUGGCACGGAGAUGGUUCGAUCCAGCACAGGGGAAUACGUCGUCAUGACCACGCACUUCCACCUCAAGAGGAAGAUUGGGUACUUUGUGAUCCAGACCUACCUGCCCUGCAUCAUGACUGUCAUCCUGUCCCAGGUCUCCUUCUGGCUCAACAGGGAGUCUGUCCCUGCCCGCACGGUUUUUGGUGUCACCACGGUGCUCACCAUGACCACACUAAGCAUCAGCGCUAGAAACUCCUUGCCCAAGGUGGCGUACGCGACGGCCAUGGACUGGUUCAUAGCCGUCUGUUACGCCUUCGUGUUUUCUGCGCUGAUCGAGUUCGCCACCGUCAACUACUUCACCAAGCGCAGCUGGGCCUGGGAUGGCAAGAAGGUGCUGGAGGCCCAGGAGAUGAAGAAAAAAGAGCCGGUGGCGCUGGCCAAGAAAACCAACAACACCUACAACAUCGUUGGCACCACCUACGCCCUGAACAUCUCCAAGGAGCCCGGCCUGCCCACCAUCUCCAAGAGUGCUGCUGCCACUGCCACUGCCACCAGCGUGCCCCCCAAGCUGCCCCGCCUGGAGGAGAAGCUCCCCGAGAGCAAGAAGACCUACAACAGCGUCAGCAAGGUAGACAAGAUGUCCCGCAUCGUCUUCCCCGUCCUCUUUGCCAUUUUCAACCUGGUCUACUGGGCCACCUAUGUGAACCGGGAGUCAGCUAUCAAGGGAAUGAUCCCCAAACAGUAAAACAGGUCACACAAACCUUCCAUCUGUGAGCAUCAUCCCAGCAGGAAUUCUCCAGGGCUUUCUUCUUUUCUUGUUUUGGUUAAUUAUUAUUGUUCAUUUGAUAUUAUGAUUAUGAUUAUUAUUAUUAUUAUUAUGUCACUCUUUUAUAAUGUAAACAAAACUGUGAUUUUAAUUUAAUCCCAUAUAUACUUUGGUUUUGUUUACUUUGAUGAUGAAAGCUAAAAAAAAAAUAAUAAGGGAUCAUAACAAGUUGUGCCUCUAACAUCUUAAGUCUGCUGUCACCCAUCUGACCAAGUCCCCUUGUGCUGCCAUCUCUCCUCUGCCACCUCCUGUGGUCCCCAUGGUCUUCAUGCCUCUGCCAUUCCAUGCUGUCCCCAGGGGCUCCUCCUCCUCUGAGAUGGGCUGCCCUGGCAUGGGGGAUGCUCCUGGACACCUGGCUGCAGGCUCUGUCACUCACUCAGCCUGGCUCCUCUUCAGUGCCUGGCACUUCCUGCUGGGUCCUGCACCUGGGCUGUGAGUGCAGGUGAGCUGGUCACCUGUGGGGACAGGAGAGCAGCCUGGCAUGGGCCAGCUUGUGGCCCAGUGCCUGCUGGGGCAAUCCUACCACUGCUGUGGUCCCCAGAGCCAUUGGUGGCAGCACCUUGUAGGUAUUGCAGGUCUUCUUCCUCUCUCUCUUCACCAAGCCCAGCUGGUUCUGUCUCUCCAGAAAGGCCCUGUCUGGCUGGCAUCCUGCACUCUUGGGGCAGUUUGUGUUAGCAGGAAGUGUGGUUCCCACCAGAGAAUUCAUUUUCCUCAGCAUCAGUCAGGAAGUCCAGGCAGAAGCUUUACAAAGCCUUGGAGGAGAUGGCAGCUGUGGGGCUGCAUGCCCCCAGCAUCAGGACUGGCAACCACAGAGCCCCUGCUCAGGUGGAUGGUCUGGCACUUCCUCCUGGGGCCCCAUCCACUCAUCCUUCUUAGCAGAUCCUCUGUCCCAGCCCCUUCUUCCAGCCUCCCCCUCACCUUCCCCUGGCUGCUCAGCAGCCCUCACUGGUGUCUCAGUGCCCACACCUGGAUUUAGGCAGGGAAGCUCCCUCCCCUGGGGUCUGAUGGGGAGGAGCACAGCUGGGGCAGCCCAGCUCACAGCAAACCCCUGCUCCAGGGGAUGGGGGGGUCCCCAAGGCUCUCCCUGCCCCUGGUGAGCUGGUGCAUCCCCAGCACCACAGGAAAACAGCAGAAGGGGCUCUUUGGAGGAGCAGGGUGACACUGCUGUCCCACAGAGCCACCUGAGCCAGGUGCCAUCCCACAAAGCAGCUGAGGUAAGGCCCAGUCUAAGACUGCACACUCCUGCAGGGAAAGCUCUCCAGUGCCUUGGAGAGAGGCUUUUUCUCCCUUCCUGACCACCACAGUGCACCCAAACCAGUGUUUGUCCCUUUCCCAGCAGCAGCACUAAGUGGUGACAUCCAAGCCAUCUGUCCCUGGACCCGUGGGCACACUCUGCUCCUGCAAGGAGGGACAUCCUGUGCCUGAUGAUUCCUUGGGGUAGCACAGUCCUGCUGCCACAGAGGGGUGCACCCCCUCUUCCUUGGGCCUCCCUCUGGCCCUCUGGCUGCUCCCAGAGCUGCCCCCAGUGUGCUUUGGGCUCAUGCAGCCAAGCCAAGUCCCCAGCACUGCCAGGGUGAUGCCUUCAGCAUUGCUUUGAGCCCCUGUGCAAGCUUAGCUUCCCCUGCCCUGCAGGAGCAGGGCUGAGCACAAAGCACAGGAUUUUCCCCACCUGGAAUAUCCAUGGGGGUGUCAGGAUGGAGUGAGGAAGGCCAGGGCACUCUGUCCUGCAGUGGGUGGCACUGGUGCAUGUCCUGCCUGCCCCUUACCAACCUCAUGGCUCAACAGCAGUGCAGUCACUCCCCCUGCCCACAGCUGAGAUUUGGAGGGGAGUUUGGAGACGUUUAGCCCAGUCCCAGGGUGCUGAGUCCACAAGCACAUACAUCUGGCUGGCAACAUUGGGAAGGAGGAACCAGAAAUCCCCCCCCUCCCCAACCUGCUGCUAAGGAAACCAGCUCUGUCCACAUCCUCUCUCCCAGCACCUGCACCCCAAACCGUGUCAUUUCUACAGUGCCUUUCACCCCCAGGGGCUCCCUGCUGGCUGGGAGGACCCAGGAGCUCUCCCACUCUGCCUGCAGCAUCAGGGUGGAGGAGCAGAGGGGAGGGUGCAGCAUCUCCAGCCCUUCUGCUGGGCAGGGAGAACAUCCUGGCUUCUUUGGCACCUGGUUCUGCCUGCUGGGCCUCCUGCUGCUGCUGCAGCCACCCCACUGUGACACCCCAGCUGCCCCAUCCCUGCCUGGACGUGUCCCCAAGCCCCGAGGCACCCCCCACACUCCCCCCAGCAGUGAGUUCCCUUCCUGCCACCCUUCUGCUCCCUGGGCUCUGCACUGGGAAGGGCUACAGCUGUCUGGUUGGGAAACAUUUCCUUAAAUAAGCUAGAUGAAGAGUGUCUCAUAAAGCAUUCAUGUCACUAUAACACUCAGGCCUAAGUGAAUGGAACAGGAACCCCACAACAAGCAAAGCCAACACAAUAAAAUGGUCACAAAGAGUUGUUGUGUUUGCUAAUGGAAUUACAGCAAGUUUAAAUGCUGCAUCCAAUGACUUCGCUGACUUAGCUGGCCCUGCUGCAGAGGGGGUUUCAUCUGCUAACUGGGAAUGCCCCAAAAUCCUUUUUCCCCAAGAGCCACAUUGCUGUCUGUCAGUGCCUGCUUUGUAGAGCUCUCCACAAAUUGUCACAGAAUCAUAGCAUUAAUUAGGUUGGAAAAGACCUUUAGGAUCAUCUAGUCCAACCUAUGACCUAACACCUCCUCAUCAACUAAACCAUGGCACUGAGUGCCACGUCCAGGCUUUUUUUAACUGUCCAGGGAUGGUGGCUCCACCACCUCCCUGGGCAGAUGAUUCCAGCACCAAAUCACUCUUUCAGUGAAGAAUUUCUUUCUAACAUCUAACCUAAGCUUCCCCUGGUGCAGCUGGGGGCUGUGUCCUUGGGUUCUGUCAGUUCCUGGAGGAAGAGCCCAGCCCCAGCUGAGCACAGGCACCUUUCAGGAGCUGUGAGAGUGAUGAGGGCACCCCUGAGUCUCCUUUUCUCCAGGCUGAGCACCCCCAGCUCCCUCAGGGCUUCCCCUCAGGGUUUGUGUUCCCAGCCCCUCUCCAGCCUCGUUGUCCCCUCUGGAGACAUUCAGGAAUCUCAAUGUCCUUCCCAAACGGAGGGGCCAGAACUGGGCACAUUCAGGUGUCAGCUCUUCCCAUCAGCCUCAAGCACCCUGGGGCUGCCUUUGCUGCCUGCCCAGGCCAGGUGGGCUCAGUGCUGUGGGGUGAUGCCCAGGAGAGGGCCUGGGUCUCCCUGAAGUGCUGGAGCAGCUACUGAACCUCCUCCCUCCCUCCCUCCUUCCUGCAGUGAUCCAAUCCCUCUCACUGAGCUGCCAGGGUGAAUUCCUGCCUGUCCCUGCCCACAGGUGAAUCCCUGCCUGUCCCUCCCCUCCUGUCCCUGCCCAGGAGCCUGCCACUGAUGUGGCUUGCCUGUGACACCCAUCUGCUGGCCCUUCCUAAAACUGAUAAAGUUUUGAUGCCUGCUGAAGGCUGCCUUCCUGUGCCUGUGUGAGCAGCCUCGAAAGCCAAGUCUGUUCCCAACCAAAGGCUGGCAUGGGCUCUGAGUCUCUUUGCCAGCUGGAAGCAGAAAUACCAGCAUCCUUUGCUUAAAGACAACAAACCAAAGAGGAUUUCUAGUUUGGCUUCCAAGCAGGAAAGCAUUUUGGGAAGAUAGUUAUAAAUAAGUGGUUUAACAACUCCUGCCAGCAGACAUCACAGAGAAGAUAAUGUUCUUUUUUUAUAAAACUGUCAGUGACUCAAAUUAGGACUUUUCCCUCCCAGUUAACACGAGGCUGUUGAUGGGGGCUUCUUCUAAGUGCUUGCCAGGCCAGAGCUAAUCCAGCAUCAAUUACUGCAGUUUUAGGCUCGCUGUGAGAGCAUAUCAGGGUUUCAUUUUUAUGGCUGAUCUGUAUAGAAAUCCAUCUGUAUAUGACCACUGAUAAUCUAACCCCCAGUUGUGCAGAGAGUGGGCACUGUGAACCUCAAGACUCCAGUAUUUCUUUUCUUCUGGCAAUGCCCAAACUUCCCUGACUUGAAGAGACUCUCCCAGGUAGGAAUUGGAAGUCUUUUAGGGUGCUAAAAAUGAGCUGUUGGUCUGCACUCUUGUUUUGCAGCUCCCACCACCUGGAGAACACCCAGUGCAGUCCCAGCCUGCAGCUUCAUUCCUGCUGGAAAUGUCAGAGGGACAUUUUGGCACUAGCAGCUCGGUCCUUUCCUCUUCUGAAACUGCACACGGGCAGAGAACUGGGCCUGGGGAGGCAGGGACAGCUCCUCUGGGGUCCCUCAGCAGGCAGGGACAGCAGAUGUGGUCACUGAGAGCUCCACUUUGGUGUCAGCGUGGAGAACGUCCCUGUGGGGUGACAGGAGAGGGCUAGGAAGAGGUGGUCCCUCAGUGCCACCUGUUCUCCUGAGGCUCUGAUGGAGUUACCCUCACAGAAGGUCUUGAAAGCUCCUCAGACAUCACCCAGCACUCAGGCAGAGUUUCCCUGCACUCCUCUGUGCACCCAGCUCAGCCUAAGCACAGCCCCCUGCCCUGAUCCCUGCAGCUCAGUGGCACUGGCAGGGUCCUGGCUGGUUUGCUGCAGGACAUCUGUGUGAGCAGACCCCUGGCUUGCUGCUCCCAGGCACAAGAUUGUCCCCAGCCUGUCCCUGCUGGCCCAUCCUAGGCACACCAGGUGCAUCCAUUUCUCAUCCUUGAUUUCUUCUGUCCAUGUCAUGGAUUCCUCUCAGCCAUCCCUGGGGAGGAUCCCAUCCCACCCCAGAAGGGUUUCUCCUGCUGCAAGUCACCUCUCCCAAGAAGAGCCUCUGGUCUGCUGAGAACCUCUCUGAGACCUUCAGGAUCCUGGGGCCUCUGCCAGGGCGUCCAGGAGAGCUCUGCAGCACACAGGGUGCUCUCCCUGCAGCUUUUCCUUGGGAAGGGCUUGGCAGGGAUGUGCUGGUGUGCCCCUUCCACGUCCUUGGCCCUGGGAGUGGUGGAGAGCUGGGGUGGGGCUGUCCCAGCACAGAGUGUCAGACCAGCCCCACUCCAGGCCCUCUUCCCCAAAUUUUAUCCCUCCCUGGGGCCACACUCCAGCCCACCUGAUCAGACACCUGUGUGGAUUUUGCAGCCUGCAGAGAAACAUCUCCAUGACUCCUGUUGAGGUUGGGGAGGGCUCAAUCAGGGCAAAGGACACAUUGAUGGAAAUGUAAAUGCUCUAUUAAUAUUCAGUAGGAAGAAAAAACACCCAAGCAACUCACCAAUCCUCUCCAUAUCAAGCUAAACUUCUUCUGAAGGUAAUUUUGGCAAGAGGCCACAGCACAGAUGAGAUUGAUGGCUUCCAGGUAUAAAUAUUUACUGUUUGACCUUGUUAUUGUUCCAUCAGCCAAAGGUUUUUACAUAUUUAUAUAUUUAUAUAUAUAUACACAUGCAUAUGUGUGUGUGUGUGUGUAUAUUUAUGCUCACAAACUCUUUACAUCUAAAUGUCAAACCUCUUUGUCUUUGAAAGCCAGAAUGGCCACUUUUAA